UAUAAAUAAGCGGCGCAGUGUGUUAUUCCAUCACCCCCAAGCACUUACGAUCAGGCCUGUCCCGUCACCACCACCACCAUCACCAUCAGCUGCGGCUCUGAAGCAGUGGGUCAAAAACACACCGACACUGGAGCUGUGAACCUACCGACGGGGGCUCCCGGUUAAAGCACUUGAACCAGCGCAGUGUUAUCACCGAUCUGCCUGAACCGUUGGACCCACUCACCCACUGCAGCAGCCGUCCGCCGAACAUAAACAUGGUGCAAAAUAAAACCACAGAACUCACUGGAUUCCAUCGCUCUUUCAAGGGCCAAAAUCCCUUUGAGUCAGAUGACUUCACUAAAAAUGGUUCUCAUCUUGAUCCAUCAUUCAAUUUCGAUUCCCCCCCAAGAAAUGACAUACCCUCGAGUCAGCCCAUCGACAUCCCGGACGCCAAGAAGAGGAACAAGAAGAAGAAGCGUUGCCGAGCAACGGACAGUUUCUCCGGGCGCUUUGAGGAUGUGUACGGGCUCCAGGAAGAGAUCCUGGGAGAGGGCGCGUAUGCACGGGUGCAGACCUGCAUCAACCUGAUCACCAAUAAAGAAUAUGCAGUCAAGAUCAUCGAGAAGCGUCCAGGACACAGCCGGAGCCGGGUGUUCCGUGAGGUCGAGAUGCUGUACCAGUGUCAGGGGCACCGAAACAUCCUGGAGCUGGUGGAGUUCUUUGAAGAGGAAGACAAAUUCUACCUGGUGUUUGAGAAGCUGAGAGGAGGGUCUGUCCUGGCUCAGAUCCACAAGAGAAGGCACUUCAGUGAGCAGGAAGCCAGCGUUGUAGUGCAGGACAUUGCUAGCGCUCUGGAUUUCCUGCAUAACAAAGGCAUGGCCCACAGGGACCUGAAGCCAGAGAACAUCCUGUGUGAGCACGCUGAUAAGAUCUCCCCAGUCAAGAUCUGUGACUUUGACCUGGGAAGUGGAAUCAAGCUGAACAGCGACAGCUCGCCCAUCUCCACCCCAGAGCUCCUGACUCCUUGCGGCUCAGCAGAGUACAUGGCCCCAGAGGUGGUGGAGGCCUUCAGUGAGGAGGCCACCAUCUACGACAAGCGCUGUGACCUGUGGAGCCUGGGCGUGAUCCUCUACAUCAUGCUGAGCGGCUACCCGCCCUUUGUGGGGCGUUGUGGGGGUGGAUGUGGCUGGGAGCUGGGAGAGCCCUGCCACACCUGUCAGAACACCUUAUUUGAGAGCAUCCAGGAGGGAAUUUACGCGUUUCCUGAGAAAGACUGGGCUCGUAUAUCUUCAAGUGCCAAAGACCUCAUUUCCAAACUUCUGGUGCGGGAUGCCAAAAACCGCCUGAGUGCCGGCCAGGUGCUGCGGCACCCCUGGGUGCAAGGGGGAGCCUCUGACACUCUGCCUACAUCCAUCUUGCAUCAAAGGACCAGCAGAGCGCGGGGCCUGACGUUCUUCGCCGGCCAGGCCAUGGCCGUGAACCGGCAGCUAGCGGAGCAGGAUGGCAUGGAGGAGGAGGAGCAGCAGGAGGUUCCGCUGGUCAUCACAGCCAGCGGCUCCUCCAUGCCCCUCUUCCCUCCGUCCAACUCCAAACUGGGGCGCCGCAGGCAGAAGGACAGCGGGCCCCAGGCCGGGCCCCAGACAGGGCCCGUCUCCGCAGCAGAGCUCCGGCAGCUCCUGGCGCCGCUCGUCAUCAUGGGAGACUGUGCCUGACGCCCGCCGCCCUCUGAAGACCCCUGGUGUAUGAUCCUCCCCCUGAAGAGCCCCCCCAGAAGAGCCCCCCCUGUGGUACCUUUAGCUGUUCAGGCCUUGCUGUACAUGAGGACUGUUGCCCCUAGCUCUUCUCAAAAUGCCUUCUGCUUUUCGGCAGCACACAGAAAAAAAGCACAUCCUCCCGGGGCGAGCCCAAGGUAGAGCCAUGUUAUUAUAACAUGAACCGUGUUCUACCUGUUAUUAUAACAUGAACCAUGUUCUACCUAACACGGCUCAUGUUAUAAUAACAUGAGCCGGGUUCUACCUGUGGGUGGAACACGGCUCAUGUUAUAAUAACAUGAGCCGUGUUCUACCUGUGGGUGGAACACGGUUCAUGUUAUAAUAACAUGAGCCGUGUUCUACCUGUGGGUAUGCGUGCCCAGCCUGCCGUGGAGGCCGGCUCCAUGUUUGGGUUGAAGUAAAGGAGGUGUUUUGAGUUGGUUUUAUUUUUUUCAUACACUUCAGGAGCAAUUUAAACUAAUUUCUUUCCAACCAAGACACCAAAGGACAACCUGUUGUGCUGCUUCCACAUGUUACAACUGGAUCCACUGUGAAUUAAGUUAUCGGGAAUGUUCUCUAGCCUGUAUGUAUACGCAGAGGUGGCCCGAGUGCACAUGCGUACAGGCUUAUAUGCAAUAUGUAAGAUGAAGGCUCUUUUGUCUAGAAGGGAUUCCAUGUUAGAGCUUGAAGGGCUAUACUCCACACUGUCCCUGCCUGGUGCAGUCUGCCGGGGGCUGGCUCCUUAGUCUAUUCUUUAAUCAUAUCAAACUUCAAUUCUAGCGCUGGAAGUGUUAAGUCUUGGUGAUUUUCAUUUAAUUGACCAUGCGAAGUCUGAAUUAGUUUUCCGAGGCUGGAUGUAAAAGUUGAAGACCUAUUUUAAGUUUUCUUAUCGAGAAGCAGUAUGGAAAAGACGGCGUGAACGUGUCCCACUGCACGAUGGUCUGAUGCACUGUGGGCAGAGUGGUUCCAUACCCAUGACCAGCUGUGGCGAUCAUCUCUGUUGUGACGGUUUGAAGUCUGAUCCCAUUUGGCUGCUGGGAGCCUGAUUACUGGGGCUCAUGGAAGGCUUCCACACAGACGGUGGUGAAUAAUUGAUGCUUAAGGUAGAUUAUCGGUGGACUUGUUUGAUCUUCGAUUGGUUAAAUGAAUGGAUGAAGCCUUGCAGAAGAAGUCACUGGUUGAGGGUUCAAAGCGGUCUGGGGGGGUCCGUCUGUCCAGCCAGCCUCGAUGCACUGCUGAACCAGGCAGUGCAGUCCAACUACCAGCAGCCACUCUGUCACGUACUAAACCACCAAGCAGUUUUACUUCUCUGGAAUUCCUUAAGUGUCCAUGUUUUGAUACGUUGCCAUAAACAAGACUCCUUGUGCGAUGGCCGACCGAUUACCUCGCUUUGUUUUUCUUCCUCUCCAGUUGUUGCGUAACUGCAGGUGAUGUCUGCCUGUUUGAUUCUUCUUUGUAUUCUCCUCUCCACAAACCAGUCAGUAUAGCUGUGCUUCAGACCCCCACUAGAGGCAGGAGGGAAGCUGUUUUCAGGGUCUCUUUCCGGGGUUUAGCCGUUUGUCCUUUCUGACGUUGGCGCAUCUCAAGCCUUUUGUUUAUGCCAUGGAUACAGCUUCACCGCAAAUUGUUAAAUUAAUAGGAUAUGAGGUUAUAUAUUUUUGUUGGUAUAACUAAAUUAAAAUGGAAAGACAUUCCAGGAAAAUCCAAAAGUACGAAGUCUUCCAAGGUUGUAGAGCUGUAUUGAUAAGCUUACUUUUGUUUUUCAUGUUUAGAGACUUGCUGCCACCCUCCUUUGGGGUGGCCGUGAUGCUUUGUCUCCAUGGUGUUUCUCGUGCAGGUGCUGUCCAUGGUCAGGUCGGACACGAGUUCUUUACUCUUCUUCAAAAUAUUUUAUUUUUUUGCGUUUGGUUUCUGAAAGGUCUGAGUUCUGGGGUCCGAGGGAACGAGCGGGUUGAGGCCUUCCGGAGCGCCGCAUGCCCAGGGAAGGCUUUUGAUUUUAUUUUUAUAUCCUUCUUUUGUUGUAUCUUCUUGUAUGCCAACAUGUUGGCCAUCAGUUUGUUCAGAAUAAGGUUGAUUCUUUCCGACUCGUGUCAUGGGGUUGCCAGACGCUGUGGUCAGCCACCAAAGAGGAGCCGUCAGGCUGAGAUGGGCCCUAACCCUAUGGCCCACCUGGGAUACAUGGAACCCGUCUGUCCUUGUAUGUGGCAGCCCUGCUGUGUGCGGUUCUGUUGUGGUGUCACUGGACCCAUUGUGCUGAUAACAGGACACUGAUUGUAAUACUUUGGGGGGGGGGGGGGGGGUCUUUGUGCAUCAUUACGGGGUGUUAUGUCUUAUAGUAAGACUUACUUGAAUUUGUGUUUGCAGUCGCAGUACUUUGCAACCAAUAUUUCUCUAAAGAAAAUGCGUUAGGGUGAUUAAGGUAAUCUAUGGGUAUACCCACACUAUUCAGUAUUUCUGCCUUUCUCUUCCCUUGAUUGAAAAGUUUCUAUCUACAUUUUCAGGUUUCUGAUUCUCAGAAAUGCACACUAGUCAGCCAUACUCCGAUAUCCUUUUUUGGUUAUGGGAGUUUUUGUUGGUCUUGACCAUUUCUACUUGGCGGUAAUUUGCAGUAACUUUGGACUGCCUUUUAUUGAGUAGAGGGUAACAUUAUCCAUUCAGCUCAUACGUGUUUAUAUAUACUUUUUUUUUUUAUAACAAAACGGUCAAUUAUGACCUCCACAAUUUGAAUGUAGCCCAAAGGCUUACCAACAGCGAUAAAUUGUUCUGACAUUUGAGUCGGACAAGCAGAGGUCCAAUGAAUAUUUCUCCUUUUCCUUUUUGGAUGUGAUCUGAUCGACCCAGAGCCCAUAAAUCACUUAAAGAUAAUGUAAAUACAUCCUCUGAAUAGGAAUAACAUUUUGAUUCGAAAUAAGCACUUUACUGUACCAUGCGAAUGAUUGCAGUUCACUCGAAGCAACAUUUGACUGUUGCUACAGAAUUUUGUAUUGUUUUCUACAAAAAAUGCAAUAAAAAUGCUUUGAACCACG